AUGUUAAGCCACCAUCCAUCAACGUGUCCAGACCCGCAGCGAUACAUGAUAGAGGCUACAGGGCCGCAGUGGGCGAAAACGGAAGGCCAUGAUAGCCGGACUUCGCUCAGCGGGUCUUCUGCGCCAGAGCUGGUGGCAUAUGGGAGCGAAGCGGGCGCGGAGGAACGCGAACGGCUGUCGCGAGUGAUGACGCUGCAGUCGAUGGGGGAGGCGCGCGCGGCGUUGGACCCUGGCAUGGCGCAGAAAGUGGAAAGCCUGGCACGGACGCUGUCGCAGCAUACCGUGCGGGAUGGGCGGCUGGUGGUUGAUCCGGCUGACUUCGACAUGAAGGCAAUCCUGUCGGGGCUGGUGAGCGCGUCGCAGCGGCAGGACAUUCCGAUGCGGCAGACCGGGGUGCUGGUUGAGGGGGUGACGGUGCAGGGCGUGGACUCGAGCUGCGUGGAAGGCCACGACUACGGGGACGUGCUUGCGUUGCCGCUGACGGCGGUGCGGGCGGUGCGGCAGGCGAUGCGGCGGCGGUACCGCAACAUUCUGGAGUCGGUGACCCUGCUGGCGCGGCCGGGGGAGAUGGUGCUGGUGCUGGGGCGGCCGGGCGCGGGGUGCACGUCGCUGCUGAAGACGGUUGCUGGGGAGACAGACCAGUUUCACAGCGUGGAGGGCGCAAUCUCCUACGACGGGAUCCCUCAGCGGGAGAUGAUGCGGCGGUACCGCGCGGAGGUGGUGUACAAUAGCGAGAUCGACGUGCACUUUCCGCACCUGACGGUGAAGCAAACGCUGGACUUUGCGUUGGCGUGCAAAACGCCGCACAUGCGCGUGAACAACGUGUCGCGUGCGGAGUACAUCACGCUGAUGCGGGAGCUGUACGCGACCGUGUUUGGUCUGCGCCACACCUACGACACAAAGGUGGGCAACGACUACAUCCGCGGUGUUUCGGGCGGCGAACGCAAGCGGGUGUCCAUUGCAGAGGCCUUGGCGGCCAAUGCGUCAGUGUACUGCUGGGAUAACGCCACGCGGGGGCUAGACGCAUCCACGGCGCUGGAGUACGCACAGGCGAUGCGUAUCAUGACGAACCUGCUGCAGUCCACGUCUCUUGUGACCUUGUACCAGGCGAGCGAGAACAUUUACGAGACCUUCGACAAGGUACUUGUUUUGUUCGAGGGGCGGCAGAUCUACUUUGGUGAUGUGAUGAGUGCUAAGGCGUACUUCGAGGAGAUGGGGUACACUUGCCCACCGAGACAGUCCACCACCGAGUUCCUGACAGCCCUCACAGACACUAACGGUUACCAUGUGGUGAAACCCGGGCAUGAAGCUACGGUGCCACGUCUGCCAGAGGAGUUCGAACAGUACUGGUUGAAUUCGAAGGAGUACCGGUCUUUGCUUUCGGAAAUUGAGGACUAUAGGAGGGAAGUUGAUGCUCACGAGACCAGAGAUCAGUUAGAGAAAUUCAAGUUAAAGGGAAAGUCAAAGUACACGCACAAGCGCAGCCCGUUCAUGAUUUCAUUCUUUGAGCAGGUAAAGCUAUGCACCAUCAGAGGCUUCCAGAGAAUAUACGGCGACAAGUCAUUUACAGUUAUCAACGUGGUUUCUGCCGUGGUUCAGGCUUUGAUCACAGGCUCUCUCUACUUUUCCAGUCCUUCCAACACCUCAGGCGCCUUUUCGAGGGGUGGUAUUCUAUAUUAUGCGAUAUUGUACUUUUCAUUAAUGGGUCUAGCCAAUAUUAACUUUUCAAAUAGGCCGAUUUUGCAGAAGCAUAAAAUGUACACCUUAUACCAUCCAAGUGCCGAGGCCCUGGCUUCAACAAUUUCCGCCUGUGUGUUCAGAAUGAUUGCUUUGACUCUCUUCCUAAUUGUUCUGUACUUCUUGUCGGGGCUGACUGUUGAGGCGUGGAGGUUCUUCAGCAUUUAUCUCUUCCUGGUGCUUGCCUCGGAGGGCAUCAAUGCCAUGUUCGAAGUUAUUACUGCGUUGUCUACCAGUUUAUCACAGGCAAACGCCGUUGCAGGUCUAGUUAUGUUUGGUAUUUCCAUUUAUUCGACAUAUAUGAUCCAAAAACCAUCUAUGCAUCCUUGGUUUGCUUGGAUCUCAUACAUCUUACCUAUACGGUAUGCAUUCGAGAGCAUGUUGAAUGCAGAAUUCCAUGGAAGACACAUGGACUGCGCGGAUACGUAUGUUCCAACUGGACCAGGAUAUGAAGGCGUUACCCCUGAGAACAGGGUAUGCGCGUUUAUUGGCUCCAAACCUAGCCAGAGCUGGGUGCUCGGGGACGAUUAUCUUUCUGUCAAUUAUGAGUAUGAGUAUGAAAACCAGUGGCGUAAUUUGGGUAUCCUAAUCGCUUUCUGGAUAGGAUUUCUCACAUUGAAAUGCCUGGCUACUGAGUAUAAACGGCCAAUGAAAGGCGGAGGAGAUUCUCUGGUCUUCAAGAAGGGCACUCUAGCCAAGCGUAAAGUUCAAGAUGACAGCGAAUCCCGCAACGUGAGCGGUGCUGCAGAAUCUAAAAUGGUAGCGUCCACAGUAGGUACCGAUGAUGUUUUUGAUGGUUUGAAGAACGACGAUGUCUUCAUCUGGAGGGACAUUAGUUUCUCAAUCACUCAUAAUGGCGAUAAAAAGAAAUUAUUGGACCAGAUAACCGGAUAUUGUAUUCCUGGUACCCUUACUGCCCUCAUGGGAGAAUCAGGCGCAGGGAAAACCACAUUGCUGAAUACCUUGGCCCAGCGUAAUGUCGGUGUAAUCACUGGAGAUAUGCUGGUGAACGGUUUACCUAUUGACGCAAGCUUUGAACGUAGAACAGGUUAUGUUCAACAACAGGAUGUCCACGUUAAAGAAAUGACGGUCCGUGAGUCGUUGCAAUUUUCUGCGAGAUUGAGGAGACCCGAAUCUGUUUCUGAAGCAGAAAAGAUGAAUUACGUGGAGAAGAUCAUAGAAAUUCUUGGCAUGUCUGACUUUGCUGAUGCAUUGGUGGGUGAUGCAGGGUAUGGCUUGAAUGUGGAGCAAAGAAAAAAGUUGUCUAUUGGUGUUGAGCUAGUGGCGAAACCAUCUCUGCUGUUAUUCUUGGAUGAACCUACGUCGGGUUUAGACUCACAGUCGUCCUGGGCAAUUGUACAGUUGUUGAAAAGAUUAGCGCAGUCUGGACAAGCUAUUUUGUGUACUAUUCAUCAACCUUCUGCAACUUUGUUUGAGCAAUUUGAUAGAUUACUUCUCCUGCAGAAGGGUGGCCAGACCGUAUAUUUUGGAGAUAUUGGUGAAGAAUCUAGAACUCUCCUUGACUACUUCCAGAGGAAUGGUGCACGUCCAUGUACCCCCUCAGAGAAUCCUGCCGAGUACAUAUUGGAAUCCAUUGGGGCGGGUGCAACCGCUACAACCACAGAAGAUUGGGCUGAGUUGUGGCGCAAUUCUCCAGAAUGCGCCCGCGAAAAUGAGAUCGUCAACAAGUUGGUGAACGAAUUAUCCGAAAAAUACUUGAGUAACGCCCCUGCUCCAAUCUCAAAAUAUGCAACCAGCUAUUUCUACCAGUUCCGCUAUGUUGUGUCUAGAACCAUGCUCAUCUUCUACAGAGACCUUGAUUAUCUACUCUCAAAACAGUUUCUGUUCUUAUCCGCAGGUCUCUUUAUUGGUUUUACCUUUUAUGAUGUUGGGACCUCUUACACGGGGCUGCGCAAUACGAUGUUUGCGGUAUUUAUGUCUAUUAUUACCUCAGCGCCAGCAAUGAACCAGAUCCAGGCGCGUGCCAUUAAGAUGAAGGACCUGUACAUCGUGCGCGAAUCCAAGUCCAACUUGUUCCACUGGUCACUGCUACUAAUCACGCAGUAUCUGGCCGAGUUGCCAUACCAGUUUCUUUUUUCUACAAUCUACUUUCUGUGCAUGUUCUUCCCGAUGAAGCUGGGACUAUCUGCACGCGAAAACGGUAUCUUCUUCCUCAACUUUUGCAUAGUGUUCCAAGCUUACUUUGUUGGGCUUGGCCUUGCUGUUCUUUACUUGGCACCAAAUCUCGAGUCAGCUAACGUAAUUCUGGGUGUGUUCCUAUCGUUUCUCAUCUCGUUCUGCGGCGUUGUACAGCCAUACUACCUAAUGCCUGGCUUCUGGAAGUUCAUGUACCGCCUCAGCCCAUAUACCUACUUCACCCAAAACUUUUUGGGUAUUAUGCUUCACGAUAGGCCAGUCAGGUGCAACAGUAGAGAAUUUUCAUUCUUGGACCCUCCAAACGGUGUUACAUGUGGUGAAUAUAUGCAGCCGUUUGUCAAUAGUGUGUCCGGCUAUGUGGAUAACCCAGAUGCCACUAGCAAUUGCGCAUACUGCAUUUAUCGCGUAGGUGACGAAUACUUAGCUUCUAUUGGCGCUAAGUACAGCUAUCUCUGGCGCAACUUUGGCAUCUUAUGGGGCUAUGUUGCCUUCAACAUCAUUGCGAUGUUAUCUCUCUAUUGGUUGUUCCGCGUCAAGAAAGUUACAAUCAAAAACCCUUUCAAACGUGAUUGA